UCUCAUAGCAGCAGCCUCUGUCCCGAGCUAACUAACUACAGCACCAGACCAGCCCAUGCCGUCGAUUCCCGCCUCCAAACCCGCUAAAGACGCGACCCUGAGGUUAGACAAUCCCAGGCCUCUUUGUCGCCCUCCCCACGUCGCAUGUCGUUCGCGCACUAUACUUUCACUGGAAGUGGCCGCCACUUCUCCCCCCUUCCCACCACCACCGCCGAGUCCCUUUCAAAUCAGAUUACAGUACGCCGCACCGCUGCAUACGUAGUCAUUCCUCCUCUCACCCCGUCCCACCGCACCCAUUCUGUCGCAAGCAAUCCCCCUCACGUUCCCUCUCGCCGCAUUUCCCUCCCUAUUCACCGAACCUCUCCUCCCCCAUUCCAGUCCUCCUCCGAAUCUCUCGACGCUCUCACCCUCACGUUCCACGCUUGUAUCUCCCCCUCUUAGCCAAGCCAUUCGUCUCGCACCCUCUGUCCCGUACGAAACAGCUCACUACGGGCCACGUGUAGUCUAAGUACACGAGUAGUACCCCCUCCAAGUUGCCGCCGCGACAUUUCUACGCGCGUCGUAUGCCCGGCUGUUGUCUCGCAUCGCAUCGCGUCCGUUUGCGCGUCCCGCCAUUCAGUUGCGCACCGAGUAGCCAAUCCCGUCCUGCCACAUUUGUCGCAAUGGCGAUUGCUAAAACUCAGCGAGAUUGUCCUAGGUUCUACCUCAGUUUCUCGCGCACUUUCAAGGUUGGACUCUUGACUAGUAAUAGUCACUCUCCCUCUCACCCUUCAUGCGAGGUGGCAUUUGCCUCGGAGUCGGAGUCAGCUCACGCAUCAUCAGGCCGCGUCGCACGACCCGUGCGACGUUCAAGCUGCGAGCACUCCCUUCCGCUAAUAGUGCUAAUAGUACUACUCCUACUACUAGCGGCGCUGCUCCGAGUCCCCCCGCGCGCGCAUCAUGGUUCCCGCAAUGGGUGACGCUACUACGGGUAGCAGUACGAGUCGGAGCCGAGCCGGUAACAACUUGAAACCCCUUCUCCACACCGAGUCGUGCCCCGUAACCGGCGCGUGCGGCAAGAUCAACUCCACAUCUCUUUCCCGGACCGCCGGCCCAGAAUGCCGCCGCCUCGGCCUCGGGUCCACGUCAUCGUCGUCAGCGGCGCCGGGGAUCGGCGCGGCGACCCCCUGGCUCCUACCAGUGGCUUCCGCCGCCGAGCGCGGCAACCAGCCGCACGCGGGGGACGUCGUUCGACGGAAACCACGCGGACUAACUCCGUUAACUACCACUACUACUGCUAGUAGUAGUAAUACUACUGGUAGUAGGUAUUUCGUGGUGACGAAGGAUAGUCCCCGCGGACCUAGCAUUGCCGCUCUGGCGGCUUCCGCCGCCGUGCGCAGCCCGCACGCGGAGGUCGUUCGGCGGAGAGCCGCGCCGUCGCUCGACAUGGACGCGGUGUGGGGCGACGACGCGGCGGCGGCGGCUUCCCCGGAGUCUGCGCGCAGCGGAUGCUCAGCUGCGGAAGGGAGAUGGGGGAGGGAAGGGGCGAUCGACAAAAGAGGCGGAAUCGGCGGGGAAGGCGCAACCACAGGGGGAAAAGGCGCGGGUGGAGGGGAAUCAGGCGCGGGGAGAAGCGGUGACUCGUCUGACAGCAGCGGGGGGGAUGACGGCGGGUGUCUCCGUCUCUUGCGCUGCCCAGGGAGUAAAAAUGCUACCAGCGGGCGCAAGAUGAUAAGCCCCGCCGCCGGUUCCGCCACAGGCGCCGGUCCGCCUGCGCGCGGCGCUUCCGCCGACCUCUUCCGCGGCUUCCGCCGCUCGCGGUCGACGUCCCACUGGGACGAGAAAGCCCACGAGCGAUCCAGGGGCGGCAUCGGGUUUCGGGUUACCCACGGUGGGUCCCUGCCGCGUGUCAGGUCCGCAUCGGCAAUAGCAGGGGGAGACGGAGGGGGAGGCGGAGGAGGAGGCGGAGGAGGAGGGGGCGGGGGAGGGGGAGGGGGAGGGGGAGGGGUUUGGGGACUUCCCCUUGAAGCGGAAGGGGCGGAAGGUGUGGCACCAGCGCCAGCGGCAGCAGUAGCGGUUCGGCUAAAGACUUCCUGUUUUAGCCCCGGCGGGCGCGGCGGCUCUUCCGCCUCGCCUUAUCUGCCCGCCGCCGCGGCGUCGUCACCUCGACAUCCGCCCCACCCGCCUCAGCCGCCUCAUCCGCCUCAUCCGCCCGCGUCUGUUGAGGUGCCUAAAAAAUCGUCACCUCGUCAACUGCCCCACUCGACCCAUUCCCCUUGGCGCCAUCCGCCUCAUCCGCCUCAUCCGCCUCAUCCGCCUCAUCCACCGCCCGCGUGUUUUGAGACGCCUCAAAGCCCUCAAAAGCCGUCAACUCGAAAAUCGUCGCGUCGCCAUUCGGCCCAUUCGGCCCAUUCGCCUCAUUCGCCUCAUCCGCCCACGUCGUCGUCGCCUCGUCAUCCGCCCUCCCCCCGACCUCGACUGACCCGUUCCGCUUCCGCUUCCGCCACCGUUGCGCCGCCGCGGGAAGGGGGCUGCAGCGCCGGUUGUUCCGCGGAGAACGUUCCCUGCCGCGCUGCUAACCCUUCCGCCAAGCUCGCACCGUGCAUUCCCGGAGUUUUCGACGCGCCUCGGCAGCCGGGGCUCGCGGAAGAGCAACUGGUGGCGGAAGCGGCCGAGAUGCUUCGCGGACUGUGCAGCGGGAGCAGCGGGGGCAGCGGGGGCAGCGGGGGGGAGAAAUUCGAGGGGGAACCGCUGGGGAAAGAGUGGUUUCGGGGGAAGCAGUUGGGGGGGAAGCAAUUGGGGGAAGAGCAAUUCGGGGGGAAGCAAUUCGGGGGGGAGCAGUUUGGGGGAAAGCAGAAUGGGGGAGGUGGGGGGAACGCUGGGGGAAAGGUCGGCCAUACUUCUGAAUUCCCUCCAAGGUCGUCGCAGGUUGGGGUUGGUGUUGCCACCGAUAAUCCACCACGGGUUCCUAUAAAGAGUAUCUCGUUACAAGUACAGGAGCGGCUGAAGCACCUGCAGAUACAGACUCUAUAUGCAGUCGAGCUGGAAAUGUUUUCUGAUUGCGAGUGGGGUGGUGGUGGCGAAGUGGAAAAGGUAAAUUUAGCAAAAAACGCCUUUCGCCCACCUCCUUUCCCCCAUGCGCCCAUGUCUUCCCCAUCCGCCUCCCCCCCUGCACCCGUCCCCUGCUCUUCCCCCUCACCAAACCACCCAUGCAAGCCUAUAUCAUCCAUUUUUUCCCGCCCCCCUCCCCUCAUCACACACCACACUCAACCAGACUCUACCCCGUCUUCGCCCCAGUCCCCCUCCUCCCCCUGUCAUUCCCCCACCUUCCCCUGCGCCAUGCCCCCCAUCCCCUGCCCCAUUCUCCCCGACCCCUCCCCCAAUCCCCCUUCCGUCUCCCCCUCCAAGCCCCCCCGCUUCCCCCCUCGUUCUCCCAAGCUUACCCCAUCUUCUUCUCUCCGGGCAUCCCAGCAGCCCUUCGAAACGCCUCUACAGUUCCCCCCUCACUUCCCCAAGCCUUCCCCCUCCCCCUCCCCCUCUCUCAAAAAUCCCUACCCUCUUAUCGAGGCGCCUCAACAGCUCCCCCCUCGCUCCCCCAAGCUCUCCCCAUCCUGCUCUCCCAGGGUCUCCUACCCUCAGGCAUCCCAAGGCAGGCGUCCCGGCCUCUUCCAAAGAAUGCACGAGGAGGAAGCAGACGCAGACGCGGAAGGGGAAGCGGAUUCGGAAGCGGAAGCACGGCCGCAUACAAGUGCUUUGCUGAAAGUGGGUGAAGGAGGUGCGAGGAGACGGAACACAGGACCAACACGGGGAAUGCAGGAGGAGGGAACAGGAGCAGCAGCAGCAGCAGCAGAGGCAGAAGCAGAAGCAGAACCAGAAGUAUGGCAGCAUACAAGACCUUUGCUGAAAGUGGCUGUAGGAGAUGUGAGGAUUCGGAGCACGAGACCAACACAGGGAACGCAGGAGGGAGCAGGAGCAGAAGCAGAAGGAGAAGGAGAAGGGGAAGGGGAAGCAGAAGCGUGGCAGCACACAAGACCAUCGAACAGCUUGCUUCUUUCCGGUUCAAGGAGUUUCCAGGAAAGGAGCUUACUAGAGAGGACUGUCCAGGCUACAGGCUCCCAGGAAGAGAGCCCGUUUCAGCUGAGGAGUCCUGUGAAGUCGUGUCUAGUGCUGGCGGAUGCGGGUGUGGCCGGAGGGAGAGGCAGGCUGAAGAAGCAGGUGUCGUUCAGCCGGGUGGUGCACGUGCGGCGCUUUCAGUCGUGCGAUGCGAGCAUUGGAGGGCAGGGGUGAUGCUGCUGAGCUGCAUUGCUGGCGUGAGGUGAGUGGCCGGCUGAAGAAGCAGGUGUCGUUCAGCCGGGUGGUGCGCGUGUAGCCGUUCCCUUCGUGCGAUUCCUUCCCUGACCUGGGUGACCUGGGUGACCUGGCUGACUGAAAAUUGACAUGACUGACUGAGGGUUGACGUGACUGACUGAGGGUUGACGUGACUGACUGAGGGUUGACGUGACUGACUGGGGGUGGACGUGACUGACUGAGGGUUGACGUGACUGACUGAGGGUUGACGUGACUGACUGGGGGUUGACGUGACUGGCUGAGGGUUGACGACUGACUGAGGGUUGACGUGACUGACUGAGGAUUGACGUGACUGACUGAGGGUUGACGUGACCGACCGGGGGUUGACACGACUGACCGAUGACUGACCAAGGGUUGUCAUGCCUGACUGAGAGUUGACGUGACUGACAAGGUGGACCUUGAUGUCAUGGCAUUUCAAAUGAACAAAGGAACAAUGCAACUUUUACCGGUAGUUGAUUAUACUUUUGUCGCGGUAUGAGUCUCUUGAAAUGUACAGGACAUGUAUUCUCAUAUGAAAGAUGUG